AUGGGGUGCGAUCGUGGAGAUGGACGCGGUGUGGUACCUCUGUUGGCGACUUUACCGCCGCCUUGUUUGCCGUCAUACUGUCAGCAUCUACCGUUGUGCUCACCACUACCUGCGACAAAUAUAUCCUCAACGCUGUGCGACAUCGAGUCACGAAGACGAGGCGAGAAGAGGCCGAUACCAGCUGAACUGAAGGACGAGAAGUAUUUCGAGAGGCGCAGACGUAACAACCAAGCCGCUAAGAAGUCCAGGGAUGCUAGACGGAUGAGAGAGGACCAGAUUGCGUGGCGUGCUUGUUUACUCGAACAAGAAAACGCCUCGUUAAGGGCUCAUAUAAAUGCGUUGAGACAAGAAACUAUCACACUGCGAGCUCUACUUGCGGCCAGGGAUGAAACGGCGGUGCCGACAUCAACAACCAAAGACUAA